AUUUCUUCAGCUUGACUGCUUGAGAGAGAUUGAUUCUCAGCGGUGCUGAAACUUAGGGAAGGUCUGGGGAAGCUUGUUGCGUUUGAAUUCCGUGGUUCGUGAUGGCCUUACGUUUAAUCUCAGCCUGAAAUUUCGAGACUUUGCUGUUUUUGAUUCAGUGAAUCGACGAAAUCUGUGAUUUGAAAGUGAAAUUGGUUGAAGUAUGAAUGCGAAUCACAACAACGGUAAUCCAGGUUACCAUAAUCUCUGGACCAAUGGACUUAUCUGUGCUUUUGAGUUCUGUCAAGGUCGUCGUAAGAACAACACAAGUGUUCAUGGGAAUUCGUCUCUCAGAAUAAAGAAACAGGAAUGUGAAUCAGACAAAUUUGGUGCUGGUGAAGAAGAAGACCACUCGAGGAGUUAUUGGCGAGGAAUUGGAUGGGAUAGGAUCUCUGAGCUUGUUAAGACUGUGCAAGUUGAUAAUAAUUGGGAAUUGCGAAAGAUUGACUUAGAUGAGGAUGAAGCCACUGUUGCUGAGCUUGCUGCUCCUUACUGGGAACGACCACUUGCUGGUCCAACAUGGUGGUGUCAUGUAGAUGCUAGCCAUCAAGGGAUUGCCUCGUGGUUGCGUAAUGCGCAGUGGUUACAUCCUGCGGUAAGCCUUGCUCUCCGGGACGAAAGCAAGCUGAUUAGUGAACGAAUGAAACAUAUUUUCUAUGAGGUGCCUGUCAGAGUUGCUGGUGGGCUGCUGUUUGAGCUGUUGGGACAAUCAGCGGGUGAUCCUUUUAUCCAAGAAGAUGACAUACCUAUUGUCUUAAGGUCAUGGCAAGCACAGAAUUUUCUGGUGACUGCAUUGCACGUCAAAGGCUUUGCCUUGAACAUUAGUGUGUUAGGUAUUACAGAAGUCCAGGAAAUACUUAUUGCUGGUGGAGCCUGCAUUCCGAGAACCGUUCAUGAACUAAUAGCACAUCUUGCAUGCCGCCUUGCACGCUGGGAUGAUAGGCUAUUCCGGAAAUAUGUAUUUGGUGCAGCUGAUGAAGUUGAGUUGAUGUUUAUGAACAAGAGACUGUACGAGGAUUUAAAUCUGUUCACUACAAUCUUGAAUCAAGAGAUCAGAAGGCUCUCGACCCAGGUUAUACGGGUGAAAUGGUCGCUUCAUGCUAGAGAAGAGAUUGUGUUCGAGCUUCUUCAGAAACUAAAAGGCAAUAGAACAAAAGACUUGCUAGAAGGAAUAAAAAAGAGCACCCGCGAUAUGUUCAAUGAGCAAGAAGCCGUUCGUGGUCGGUUAUUCACUAUCCAAGACGUCAUGCAAAACACGGUUCGAGCAUGGUUACAGGACCGGAGCCUCACGGUCACACACAACCUAGGAAUCUUUGGAGGAGUCGGUCUUUUGCUUACAAUAGUGACCGGUCUAUUUGGAAUCAACGUAGAUGGGAUACCAGGAGCUAAAGAUUUUCCACACGCCUUUGUGCUUUUCUCAGCGGUUCUCUUCUUCUCAGGUUUUGUGCUGGUGGUCGCUGCUUUACUCUACCUUGGACUCAAGGAGCCAGUGGCAGAAGAGAAUGUGGAGACUAGGAAACUAGAGCUUGACGAAAUGGUAAAGAAGUUUCAACGAGAAGCUGAGUCUCACGCUCAGGUCUGCAAAAAAGUUCCUCAGAACAGAGAACGUACGACUAGUAGUAGUAGAAUGAUAGUCCAUGACCCGAAUGGUUACGUUCUCUUGGAAUGAAAUCAAUCCGGUUUAUGAUUGUAAAUUGUAACAUGUCGACUAUCUUAGAAAAUCAUUAAUAAGUUCUUAAAUGUUUC